AAAGCUCCAGCGGAGUCUGGCGGAGGCACUAAGGGAGCACGGGGUGUUUUGAAUAAUUAUUAAAAUUAGCAUGUGUCUGCGCCAUCCUGUGGGUGUGGCGCAGAGAGGAGUGUAAACUCUAGCGGGGCUGGAGCAAACAUUGGAUUAGCGGCAGCAGCCUGCCAACCUGCCCGAGGAGUGCUGGGACCAGCGCGCUGCACGCCGACUGGCACGAUGGCCUCGUCUCAGGGGAAAAACGAGCUGAAAUUAGCCGACUGGAUGGCAACUCUGCCGGAGAGCAUGCACAGCAUCCCCCUCACCAAUUUAGCCAUUCCAGGGUCUCAUGAUUCCUUCAGCUUCUACAUUGAUGAAGCCUCUCCAGUAGGUCCUGAGCAGCCAGAAACUGUCCAGAAUUUUGUCUCUGUGUUUGGAACUGUGGCCAAAAAGCUCAUGCGGAAAUGGUUAGCCACUCAGACAAUGAAUUUUACUGGCCAGCUAGGAGCUGGAAUUCGUUAUUUUGAUCUUCGAAUUUCCACCAAGCCCAGAGACCCCGACAAUGAACUCUAUUUUGCUCAUGGUUUGUUCAGUGCCAAAGUCAAUGAAGGCCUUGAGGAGAUCAAUGCAUUCCUCACAGAUCACCAUAAGGAGGUAGUGUUCUUGGACUUCAACCACUUUUAUGGGAUGCAGAAAUAUCACCAUGAAAAACUGGUCCAAAUGCUGAAAGACAUCUAUGGAAAUAAAAUGUGCCCAGCGAUUUUUGCCCAGGAAGUUAGUUUAAAGUACCUGUGGGAGAAGGACUAUCAAGUGCUGGUCUUCUACCAUAGUCCAGUGGCUCUGGAAGUGCCCUUUCUCUGGCCUGGGCAGAUGAUGCCAGCACCCUGGGCCAACACCACAGACCCCGAGAAACUGAUCCAGUUUCUUCAAGCAUCCAUCACUGAGAGAAGAAAGAAGGGAUCGUUUUUUAUAUCUCAGGUGGUGCUGACCCCCAAAGCUAGCACUGUGGUCAAAGGGGUGGCAAGUGGCCUCAGAGAAACAAUCACAGAAAGAGCUCUUCCCGCCAUGAUGCAGUGGGUCCGCACGCAGAAGCCAGGAGAGAGUGGCAUCAAUAUUGUCACUGCCGAUUUUGUAGAACUUGGUGACUUUAUCAGCACUGUCAUAAAACUCAACUAUGUCUUUGAUGAAGGAGAAGCCAACACUUGAUAGCGCUACUUGGAGUUUCCAUGAAUAAGAUGGAGAAGGCUCAUUGUAUUAGGGCAUAUUAUCUGUAAACACUCUGAUCUUCCUAUUCCACUGAGUCUCUGAAGGGAAUAGGGCUGGUAGUGGGUGGGAAAAGGGGAAAAACUGUUUCUUCAGUGAUUGCAAUCAUACUCUUCAUUACUAUAAAUAUUUCAUUUCCCAUUUGAUGAGCAAAAUCUACUUCUAGUGUUAGGAAUAAAAAAAAAAAAAAAAGACCAGUAACUUUGUUUUUCAAAAUUAGUCUUUGUAACAUAGAAUUCAUGAGUGUUUACCUGAUUAGGUUCUCUAUUUCCAGCCUAUGGCUCCUACACUGUCUAUAUCCUGUAACCUUUCUGCUCCCUCUCUUGCUCGCUCUUUUUAAU